AUGAAGACCAUCUUCUCACUGCUCAUCGGUUUUAUUAUUGUCAGCGCUGGAUUUGCUGCAGUUAUUACUGGGGCUUGUGACAGGGACCCUCAAUGUGGAGGGGGGAUGUGCUGUGCAGUGAGUCUGUGGAUAAAGAGUCUCCGAAUGUGUGCACCCAUGGGCACUGAGGGAGACUAUUGUCAUCCUCUGAGCCACAAAGUUCCAUACUUUGGCAAAAGGCUGCACCACACGUGUCCCUGUAUCCCAAAUUUGGCAUGCAUAAGGACUACAGACGGGAGAUACAAAUGUUUGCCCCAGUUUAAAAACCAGGAUUUUUUUUUUUAG